AAGGUCCCUUCCAGCUUCCACUCUGCAUCGGUUCGCACACACCCCUCAUUCCCGCUACAGACCCCUCCCAAAAACACCACCUCCUCACUUCCCUGGCCCCCUCGCCUUCCCAUCCUUCCAAACUUAGCCUCACUCUGAGCAACAAGGGCGCAGCGCUCUGUCCCGGGUGCUGCUGCUGCUGCUGCUUCUACUGUGAAAAUUCUGGAGUUUUAACUACUUCAUUUGUUCCCGUCUUUCAUUUCUCUCCCCCUCUCUCUUAACUCAGUAUCCGUUUUUCAAGACAGCGUCUUCAAGUCUCUGGAAAGUAGGAUGGAGAGAGAUUCCCCCCCUCCUCCCUUUUCAUGUUAAAGUUCCUCCACAACACCCUGCUGGGUUUGGCUUGCCUUGCGUUUAUUCCCCAAGCCUCCUUUAGGAGAGCAAGUUUCUGACCAGGCUGCAAGUGCAUCAUCUCUCGGUGCUGGAAGUAACUCAGUUCAACGGGGGCUGGAGGAUCUCCGCUGCCUUUUCUCCUGCAGAUAUGGAUAUGUAGAAUAACUACCAUUGUGGAAGGAAAAAAGGGAAUACUAUAUUGGAGAAGAAGAAGGGAGUCAUGUCCUUUGCAGGAAGAUACUCGAUACCUUCCACCUUGAUACUGCUUUUGCUCCUUUGGGGUGGAGAGAACGUUCAGGCACAGAGAGCAGGUUGCAAGAACGUCCACUAUGACCUCGUCUUCAUCUUGGACACCUCCUCCAGCGUGGGGAAAGAAGACUUUGAGAAGGUCCGCCAGUGGGUGGCUAAUCUGGUAGACACGUUUGAGAUCGGACCGGACAAAACCCGGGUUGGUGUUGUCCGCUAUAGCGACAGACCAACUACUGAAUUUGAGCUUGGGAAAUAUCGGACUCGGGAGGAGAUCAAAGAAGCUGCAAGGAAUAUCAAAUACUAUGGGGGCAAUACAAAUACUGGUGAUGCCCUACGGUACAUCAACACGUACAGCUUUUCCACAGAGGCUGGUGGGAGGCCAAGUGACCGCACUAUCAAAAAAGUGGCUAUUCUUCUGACAGAUGGCCGGAGCCAGGAUUAUGUCUUGGAUCCUGCCACUGCAGCUCAUAAAGCAGGCAUAAGGAUCUUUGCUGUAGGGGUUGGUGAGGCCCUCAAAGAAGAGCUGGAUGAAAUUGCUUCAGAGCCCAAGUCCGCCCAUGUGUUUCAUGUCUCAGAUUACAAUGCUAUUGACAAGAUACGUGGGAAACUGAGGAGAAGGCUUUGUGAAAAUGUGCUGUGUCCCAGUGUCCACGUAGAAGGAGACAGGUUCAAGCACACCAAUGGAGAGACUGAUGAUAUUCCAGGUUUUGACCUGAUGGGAUUAUUCAGUGUGAGGGAGAUAUUUGGAAUGAAGGACAACGGAAUCCACAGCUCUUAUGUUCGGCUUGGCAGCUUCCCCAUUGUCCAGAAAACAGAAGACGUCUUCCCACAAGGCCUUCCUGAUGAAUAUGCCUUUGUCACCACUUUCAAGUUCCGCAAGGCUUCCAGGCGAGAAGACUGGUAUAUUUGGCAAAUUAUUGACAAAUACGGCAUACCUCAGGUGUCUAUCAGACUGGAUGGUGAAAACAAAGCCUUAGAGUACAACGCUAUCGGACUCACCAAGGACGCUGUGAGAGUGGUCUUUCGACAUGGCCGCGUCAGUGACCUCUUUGAUCGCAACUGGCAUAAGAUAGCCCUGAGCAUCCAGUCUGACAGUGUCUCCUUGUACAUCGACUGCAAGCUGGUGCAGACGCUGCCUAUUGAAGACAGGGAAAAUAUUGACAUCCAGGGGAAGACCGUGAUUGGCAAGCGCCUCUACGACAGCGUGCCCAUUGACUUUGACCUUCAGCGGAUGGUUAUUUACUGUGAUUCACGUCAUGCUGAACUGGAAACUUGCUGUGACAUUCCCUCUGGGCCUUGCCAAGUGACGGUUGUUACAGAUGCCCCUCCGCUUGAAAUAGCAACCACUGUUGGAAGCGAACAGGUUGGCCAUAUCAAGACAGUCAACUGCUCCUGUCCACCUGGAGAAAAGGGGGAAAGAGGUCUACCUGGGUUUGAAGGUCUCAGAGGCCAGAAGGGAGAAAUGGGACCAACUGGACUUCCUGGCCCAAAGGGAGAAAGAGGAGAACCAGGUGGAGGAGGAGACGGCUGGGCACAGAAAGGAGAAAAGGGUGAAAGAGGAGCCCAAGGAUUACCUGGGCUGAUGGGCGAAAGAGGAGAAAAGGGCUCCCUCGGCGCACCUGGCAUCCCAGGGAGAGAUGGUGCCAAAGGAGAGUCUGGAGAACCUGGACUUCCUGGAGCAGUUGGCCUCCCCGGACCACCAGGAUUGAAGGGGUCAGAUGGUCAGCCAGGCCCCCCAGGACGCCAAGGAUACGUUGGAGCACCAGGCCUGCAGGGAGAAAGAGGAGAAAAGGGACCCCGGGGAGACAAGGGAGAACCAGGUCUCGAUGGUUUCCCCGGAAAGCCUGGUGUGGAUGGGAAGCAGGGCAUCCAAGGGAGUCCAGGCCAACCCGGUCUCAUGGGACCCAGAGGAGAGAAGGGUGAAAUAGGGUCUCCAGGGAAGCCUGGCUCAGUGGUGCAGAUGGAAGGUCUGAAAGGAGAGCAGGGAGCUCCUGGCCCACGAGGUUCAAUAGGCCCUCCUGGAACUCCAGGUAUCCCAGGCACUCCAGGACCAGAAGGCAAACCAGGACCUGCUGGCUUACAAGGUCAAAGGGGUAAGAAGGGUGAUGUUGGUGUUCCAGGAGUUGAUGGAUUGCCUGGACCUCCGGGUCCUCCAGGACCACCUGGAGUCGCUGGUCCUCCUGGGAUUGCCGGCCCCCCAGGGCUACCAGGAGAAAUGGGGAGAAAUGGACUGCCUGGACCACCUGGUUUACCUGGGAAACCUGGCCUGGAUGGCUUACCUGGGCUGCCUGGCUCAAAAGGAGAACGUGGGGAAAGGGGAGAAGAAGGAUUUCCCGGGAAAAUUGGUUUGAAGGGUGAAACAGGAGAGCCUGGACGUCCUGGACUAGUGGGAGAGAGGGGUGAAGCUGGCCUCCCAGGCUCACCUGGUUUACCAGGACAGAGAGGAGAGAAAGGAGAUCAGGGCGAAAAGGGAAGAUCUGGACUCCCUGGUUUCAAAGGUGAAAGAGGUGACAAGGGAGAUGUCGGUCCUGCUGGUCCUCCAGGCUUACCAGGGACAACUUCCCUGUUUACUCCGCAUCCCAGUCGCCCUGGAGAACAAGGGCUACCAGGUGAAAAAGGUGACCGUGGAGAAAGAGGUGAACCCGGAGAACGUGGCAUUCCUGGUAAAGUGGGACUUCAGGGACCUGCAGGGCCACCGGGUAUGAAGGGGCAGGAAGGGGCACCAGGGGGCCCUGGAGCACCAGGAGAGGUUGGUGCUCCUGGACCUGCAGGCCCCCCAGGGCCACGAGGCUUGCCUGGAAAUGUGGGUGUACCUGGAGAUCCUGGUCGACCUGGAAAUGAUGGCCCCAAAGGAGAAAAGGGAGAUCCUGGAAAAGAAGGGAAGCCAGGAGCACCUGGGCCUACAGGUGAGCCAGGAGGUGUUGGAGAACCUGGAUUGCCCGGCAAGGGUCGAGAUGGCGAUAGAGGAGAAAGAGGACCACCGGGUUUACCUGGACCCUUUGGGCAGAAGGGAGAUCGAGGAGCUCCUGGAGUUCCAGGUCAGCCAGGAGACAGGGGGAUACCAGGCAUCGGACUUUCUGGACCACCAGGCCCCUCAGGACCACCUGGAGAUAAAGGCCCAUCGGGUCCCCGAGGUUUGCCAGGCAUCCAAGGUCAACCAGGGCCAUCUGGUCAGGAUGGCCUGCCAGGAAAUCCAGGUGAACGAGGUCCUCCAGGAAAACCGGGUGCCUCUCCUCUCCUUUCUCCUGGUGACAUCAGUCUCUUAGUUAAGGAUGUUUGCAGUGACUGCCCUCCCGGACCACCUGGACUUCCAGGAAUGCCAGGAUUCAAGGGUGAUAGAGGCCUUCCAGGUCCACUUGGCCAUGAAGGCCCAGUUGGGAAAACGGGGGAGGCAGGACCCAGAGGUCACCCUGGACCACCAGGUGUAGAAGGUCCCAAGGGUGCCAAAGGAGACCGUGGGACACCUGGAGAGGCUGGACUGAAGGGUGAACAGGGACAUCCUGGGAUACCUGGCUUCAUGGGCCCUCCUGGAAAUCCAGGUCCACCUGGGUCUGAGGGCCCCCCAGGACCUGCAGGACCACCGGGAAACCCUGGAGAAAUAGGUAAAGAAGGCCCAUCAGGACCUCAAGGGCCACCAGGAUUGCCUGGACUUCUGGGUAUUUCUGGAAAGGAUGGCAAAGAUGGAAAGCCAGGACCUCCUGGAGAACCAGGCAAACAAGGGGAGCCAGGGCUGCCAGGACCGGAGGGAGCAAGAGGAUUGCCGGGUUUUAAGGGACCGAGAGGAGACGCAGGACCACCUGGCUCAAGGGGAGAACCUGGUCCAUCAGGGCCCCCCGGCCGUGAGGGGCAACCUGGAAAAGAUGGGGAUCCAGGCCCUGCAGGACCCCAGGGCCCACGUGGUCUCAGAGGAAUAGCAGGCAAGAGUGGACCACCAGGCCCCCCAGGGGAAGCGGGCUCUCCAGGUAACCCAGGUCCCAAAGGAAGCAAAGGAGAAACUGGCAGUGCAGGACUCCCUGGAUUCAUCGGGCCGCGAGGACCUCCUGGAGAACCAGGUGAAAAGGGCAUCCCAGGGAAAGAGGGCACUCCAGGGAAGCCAGGUGGUGUUGGAGACAAAGGUGACAGGGGGGAUCCUGGCACUAAAGGUGAAAAAGGCACAGCUGGAGAGAAAGGACCACCUGGUGAUCCUGGGAUUCCUGGGCGCAAGGGACACACUGGAUUAAUGGGUCAACCAGGACCACCAGGGGACACAGGCCAGUCUGGACCCCCUGGUCCUCCAGGACAACCUGGAUUUCCUGGGCCUAGGGGGGAUACUCCAUCAGUGGAAACUCUGCGAAGGCUCAUCCAAGAAGAGCUAGGAAAACAACUUGAUGCCAGACUGCCCUACCUCAUAAGCCAGAUGCAGCCAGCCCACGUCAAAGCACCUCAAGGUAGACCAGGGCCUCCAGGAGAACCUGGUAAGGAAGGCCCUCCAGGCAGAGGAGGUCCUCCAGGAGAACCUGGCAGGCCUGGACAGCCUGGUUCAGAAGGACCAGCAGGACCGAUGGGCCCCAAAGGUGAGAGAGGAGACAAAGGAGAGAAAGGAGAUGCUGGUGUUGGCCAGAGGGGAGAAAUUGGUCCUCCAGGAAUUCCAGGUGUCCCGGGUGAACCUGGCUAUGGCAAAGAUGGGAUGCCAGGAUCGCCAGGCCCCCAGGGCGAAGCGGGCGUUCCUGGACUGAUGGGUCCCCAGGGGCCACCAGGAGCCAAUGGACAAUGUGACCCCUCUCAGUGUGCUUACUAUGCAAGCCUGGCUGCUAGGCCCAGCAACGUCAAGGGGCCUUAGAAGGCAAGGUCCCAAAGCCCACGGACCUCCUAUGGACCUACGUCUGAAACUUGAAGGAAGCAAGGAAGUUGCGAAGUCUCGUCUGUUUUCCCUGCUUCUGUUUCUUUUCAAGAGGCCUUGUAGACUAUUAAAACCAUCCAAUGCUGCCGGUCGGUCAAGUUUAUCAUAAAUAAGAAGUUAUAAAUUGCUAUUCUUUUA